ACCGGUAAUUAGACUACAUUACAUCAUCUGUAAUUGAUCUGAUUGGCUAAAAACAGUAGAUUACAUGGAAGCAUAAUCUACAGGAAGGUAGUUAUUCUACAGGAAAUGGGCGCAUAUUCUACAGGAAGUGGACACAUAUUCUACAGGAAAUGGACGUAUAUUCUACAGGAAGUGACAAAUAAUUUGCAGGAAGUUCUCAAAAGUUGGAAUGAAAUUUUUAGUGAAAGUGACAAGAAGAUGACAAAAACAUUAUAAAAAACACAGAAUGCAAUAGUUUUUCAGUCAAUAUCCAUUCUUUCCAUGUCCACUGUUGCUUUGUAUUGCUUUUUCCAGUUGGGCAUGGGCAGGGGGGCCAGGAAGCAUCAAAAACACUUUAGUAGUCGCUUGACACUUUCUAUUGAGGUUCCAUGCCGGUCCAGUCUGCUCUAUACCCCCUCCACUCCACCACAGUGCUUCAUUCUUCUUCUUGUAGUGUUGCAGAGUCAGUUCUAGCAUAGUUCUAUGUUCUUUUUACUUGUCUGUUCUUUCCAGUAUCUCCAGGAAGCGUUUCACAAGCUUUACUAAGUUUUACUGUAGUUUUUCGUUGUUUUGAAGCCGUCUUCUUGUCUUUUUCUGUCAACUGGUGUCUCUCACAGCUCGUCCAGCUUGUCCAGCUCGCACAAAUUCAAUUUCUGUUGCUACGCACCAAACCUGGCUUUUUAUAACCACGCCUCGCGCAUGCGCAAUGAAGUCCAAGUUAGAUAGACCACACCCACUCGUAGAAUAUGCGUCUUAGUAACCGCCUUGGUUACGGUUAGAUUCCCUCGGCUUUGCGCCUCGGGCUAACCGCAACCGCGGAGGUUACAUAGACACAUAUUCUACUCUUAGGUACAGGUGUAGUCUAUCCUAUACUUAUACGCCCCAUACGCCCCUUUAUUUCAUGAUGGCUGGCAGAGGCAACAGAAUCACUGCUCCAGAGCUGGAGCAGUUCAUAGUUAAUACAGUUCAGUUGACUGGAGAAGUACUAGGAACAGGUGCUUAUGGAAACGUAGAGGAGGUGAAAAUACCUGGAGCAAGGAUAGCUGCUAAGAAACUGCAUGCACAGCUUGUUGACCUGGGGUCUCCACAGCAGGUUGAGAAAUGGGUGAAUGAUUUUGUGGAGGAGUGCAAGCUGAUGAGCCAGCUCCGUCACCCUAACAUAGUACAGUUCCUGGGGGUAUGCUAUCUCCCUGAAGCCCAACUUCCCGUUCUACUGAUGGAAAAGUUACAAACCAGCCUCGACAGACUUCUAGAAACCAACCCCAACCUUCCAACCGACCUCAAAGUACACCUUCUGACAGGGACAGGCCAAGGAGUAGUUUUUUUGCACAGCCAUACUCCACCUAUUGCGCAUCGAGAUCUGUCUGCCAAAAACAUUCUAGUCGAUAAUGGCUUCACUGCCAAGAUAGCGGACAUGGGUGUUUCUAGAAUCGUGAAUAUUCGGCCUGGCCGGCUAGCUGCCACGAUGACUCAAAUGCCAGGCACUGGUGUGUACAUGCCACCAGAAGUAGCUCAAGAGGAAGGGGUAACACGAUACAACACUGCUAUAGACAUCUUCUCCUUUGGUGUAGUAUCUCUGUUCACAAUGACGCAAACCUUCCCAAAAGAUGUCAAACCUGCAACAUACUAUGAUCUAGUUACAAGGAAGAUAGUUGGCCGAUCAGAAAUCGAACGCCGUGAAGAUUACAUUGUGCCAAUGAAAGUAGCUCUUGGUGAGACCCACCCCCUAGUCCUGUUGACCCUUAAUUGUCUGCAGUACCGUCCUGAAGAUCGACCAACUGCUUUAACAGUGUUGGAACAAUUGGUGGAGGUUGCAACAACCCUCCCUCAAAACUGCACCCUGACUAAGUUGGAGCUGAUUCAACAGGUCGAAAGUAAAGACAAUGAGGUCAAUAGAUUGCAGGCUGAAAAUGAAACUCUUCAAGCUGAUAAUCGAGAGCUAAUUCACAGACUGGAACAACAGACCACGGAGUUGGAAGCUCAACGUAAGGAAAUUGAUCGUCUUUUCAGAUUAGUGAAGUCUACACAGCCUCUGGAACAGGGACAGAGAAAAGUGACUGUGGCUCAGCUGAAGCCCCAGCCGCGACUAAUGGUUCCAUCUUCUAUCACCUUCAAAUGGAAGAGCUGCAAGGACAGGCCAAACAAAGUAAGAGUGUUCGAUCAGCCUGUGGCAAUUAAUGGGAAAUUGUACAUGAGAGGUGAGAGUAGCUGGACUGACACUGUGCUAGUGUACACACCAGAUCAGGAUCACUGGGAUCGCGGACUGCCACCUCCUCCUGUGAAGUACUUCGCUAUAGCAACACUUAGGGGUCGACUUCUAGUCGUGGGAGGUGAGAACAAAUCUACUGAAGAGAAAACGGAUACCAUCCUAACCUUCAAUGAAAGCUCUCAACAAUGGGACCAGUCACUUCCCCACAUGCCAAAAGCAUUAACUUCACCAGCUGUUGUUGGAUAUCAGGACCAUCUGAUUGUUAUCGGUGGACAAGUGGACUCAUAUCGCACAGAGAUAGCUGAUGUGAACAUUUUAGACACCAUCAGUAACAAAUGGAUCGCAGCCGAACCACUUCCCAGCACAGAUGGAUGCAAAACUUGCCUAAUUGGAGACACACUGUAUCUUGUUGGUCAAGACGCUAAAGAAGUUUUUCAAGCUUAUGUACCCUCCCUGAUAUCACAAGCCAGUUCUAAUGUAUGGGAAUCUGUCGCAAGCGUGCCAUUCUAUCGUUCGUCUCCCGUCGCCAUCAGCAACACCCUCUUGACUGUGGGGGGUACAGAUAUGCUAGGAGGCAGCGCUAAAUCGGACAUUCAGCUGUACGACCCCACUAAAAACCAGUGGAAAAAACAUGAUGACAAUCUUCCCCUGAAAGUAUACGACUGCCUUUGCGUUGAACUAUCCCACAAACUAUACAUGCUUGGUGGUAAAUCUAGAGGAUCGAAUACACCCAGAUCUGUGUAUACGUCAAUCCUAUCCAUUAGCACUUAGCCAUAUUUCUUAGCACGCAACUCUCUUUUUUUUUAUGAACAGUAUAUAAGUUAGUGUGUUCCCUUUAAAUUA